GCAUUUUUGGGUUCUGGGUCAGAGCUCCACCAUGAACAUCGAUCACAACAUCACCCACCUGCAGCACUGCACCUGUCAGGACGAUUGCUCCUCAUCCAAUUGUUUGUGUGGGCAGCUCAGCAUCCGCUGCUGGUACGACAAGGAUGGGCGAUUGCUGCAGGAAUUCAACAAAAUCGAGCCCCCCCUGAUCUUCGAGUGCAACCAGGCCUGCAGCUGCUGGAGGAGCUGCAAAAACCGGGUGGUGCAGAGUGGCAUCAAGUGAGCCCUAAAAACACCCCAAAUC